ACUUCCGUAGCUUGCUAAAAAACAAAACAAAACAUAGUUGAAGUAUCGAGACGUAUGUUAGUUACUGUGUUUUAAACACUCAUAUGUCUACGUGUUAACACGUUUUAUUUCACAUUCAGCUAGCGUUGUUUUUCUGCGGCUAACGUUAUAGCUAUCUUGCUGGUUAAUGUAUGUUCCUAUAGCACCAGUAACAGUGGCUAAAGCUAGCUAAUGAACGAACGACAGAGAGUAGGUGAACGUCUUAUAACAUUUUAUAGAUUAAGUUGAGGAUUCAUUUUAGCUACUUUGCCAUGUGGGUAAAAAACGGUUGGUGACCGCACAGUGCUGUGUGCUAUAUUGACCUAACUAACAUCCCCGACCAUGAGCUCACUAAGCUACUCCCCCGCUGCGAAAGAAGAGGAGGCCUGCUGGACGGAGAAAGGGGGUCUGGGGUUGAACAUUGUCGUAAAAGAGGACGAAGAGGGUGCAGUUUUUGGGGUAAAGGUGGAGCGCAAUGUCACAGUGAAAGAAGAGGAGGAAGAAGCUUUCAGACUGGACAAGGAUGCAGAGGAGGCUAUCACAUUGAAGGAGGAGGAUUUUAUAGUGAAAGAAGAGAAAGAACCUUUUAGAGUGAAAGAGGAAGAGGAGGCUAUCUCAAUAAAAGAGAAGGCAGAAGACGUUUUGGGAGUGAAAGAGGAGGAGGAGACUGGAGAUCCGAUUAACACCAGAGAGAGACCAGACGCUCACAGCAGGAAGAGUCCUUCAGGGGAACCAGACCCAGAGACGCCUAAACCAGCAAGACGACACCACUGCACCCAGUGUGGAAAGGGUUUUAGCCAGUUAAGGUCCCUGAAAAAACAUGAAGGAAUACACACAGGAGGGAGGAAGAGCUACCACUGUGCCCAGUGUGGGAAGAGAUUCACUUCGUUAGGGUAUCUGAAAAAGCAUGAGAGAACUCACACAGGAGAGAAGCGUUUCCACUGUUCCCAGUGUGGAAAGAAUUUUACCAGGUUAGGGAGCCUGAAAAUUCAUGAGAAAACACACACAGGGGAGAAGCCUUACCACUGCUCUCAGUGCGGAAAGAGAUUUUCCCAGUUAGGAGAUCUGAAAAAACAUAAGAGAACGCACACUGGAGAGAAGCCUUACCACUGCUCCCAGUGUGGGAAGAGAUUUACCCAGCAAGGAAACUUGAAAAAUCACGAACUAAUACACAAUGUAGAGAAGCCUUUUCACUGCUCCCAGUGUGGAAAAACCUUUUUCUCAUCAGAUUCCCUGAAAAAACAUCAGCUAACACACUCUGUAGAAAAGCCUUUCCACUGCUCCCAGUGUGGAAAGACAUUUUUCUCAUUAGGGCCACUAACACGACAUGAGAGGACACACACAGGUGAGAAACCCUACCAUUGCUCUCAAUGUGGAAAGAGUUUUACCCAAUCGGGGGACCUGAAAUAUCAUGCGAGGACACACUCUGUAGAGAAGCCUUUCCACUGUUCCCAGUGUGGAAAGACAUUUUUCUCAUCAGGGCAUCUGAAAAAACAUGAGCGAACACACUCUGUAGAGAAGGCUCCCCUGUUCUCAUUGUGAAAAUACUUUUAAGAAUUUAGGGAACCUGAAAGUACAUGAGCAAAGACAUACACUACAUGACCAACAGUAUGUGGACACCUGCUCGUCGAGCAUCUCAUUCCAAAAUGAUGGGCA